AUGACAUUGAUUUUUUGCAUGAUACUUUUUUCCAAUUAUAAUUUUAAUAAACGAAAAGAACUUUCUAUUCAAGUUCGAGAACAAGUUCAGAAUCAGGAAUAUAGUUUAAGAUAUCAAUCGGCUAUUACUUUUGAAGAUAUCAGUGAAUUUAUUUAUAAUUCUUUACUAUCUUUAGAAGGAACGAAUGAACAAUAUGAAAGUGAUUCUUCUGAGCUUUAUAUUAACUUUGAUAUUCGAUUAUCUCAAGAUAGCAAUGAAUUAGCAUUAGAUAAUAUAAAUGAAUAUUAUAAGACAUUAGAUAAUCUUUGGCUAUAUUUGUGGAAAGAGUGGUAUUCUUAUAACAAAUGGGUUUUAUGGGCAAAAGCAGCAGAUAGCAAAAUUAGUUAUAUCAAAACCACUAUGAUUAUAGAGUUGCAUUGGCGACAUGUGCGACAAAAUAAUAAUUAUCCAAUUAUUGGAAUACAUGAAGAUGAAAACUAUAAACUUUUUAAUUUUCAAAAUGAUAAUAAUGCUAUUAUGAAUAUUCCUAUUUAUUAUAAUUCAAUUGAAAUCAAUGAAGAUAAUCUUGAAAGUGACAAUGAAGAAGAAGAUCUAAAUAAUUUUUAA